UGACGGUGUAUGUUUCUCCCCGGAGUCAUUUUGUCACUGUACCGCCCAAAAAGAGCGAGUUUGCGCUGUCCUCACUAGGAAGUGCGGAGAAUUUUAUGCGCUUUUUUUCAGCUGGGUUGGCUCAUGUCAGCUGGUGGUUAUUUUUUCGUUGUUACAGUUUCAAAAGGCUGCCAUAAAUUGCCACAGCACGGGAUAAUAAUCCGCCAGAGGCGUUACGGCAGAUCUUUGAAAAAAUGCCCCGGAGAAAGAGGACCGCUGGCAGCAGCUCGGACGGGACGGAGGACUCGGACUUCUCCGCUGAUGUCGAGCAUGCUGAAGCUGCUGAGAUUGUGCACAGACGCAGCAGCACACGCCUGACUCGCGCGUCUCUGCGACUCAGCCGAAGUUCACAAGAUAACUGCAGCUCUCCUGUAACUGUGGGUUCUGAUGAAGCUCUGGACUCAGCCGUAGAGUCAGUGCCGACAGCUGUUGCAGCAUCAGUCUUCUCCUCUGGGCGCAGGGUCACACGCAGCCAGCAGGGGGCGGCAAACACCACAGCCAAAAAAUACCCACUACGGCAGAGCAGGUCGUCCGGCUCUGACACAGAGGCUCACGUAGACAUCAAACAAGGGGCGGAUCGUGACGAGACCCCUCCUCGCACACCAACAGGCAACGCCCCGUCAUCAGAGUCGGACAUUGAAGUUUCCAGCCCGAGCAAUGACCUCGUGUCUUCUAGCAACGACAUUGUAGUUUCACAAGAGGAAGACGAGAGGUUAGCCAAAGAGCUGUCGCUCAAAGAGGCCGCCGCCCACGACCUUUCCCACCGGCCCAAACGACGGCGUUUCCACGAGAGCUACAACUUCAACAUGAAGUGUCCCACACCUGGCUGCAACUCGCUGGGUCAUCUCACAGGGAGGCACGAGAGACAUUUCUCCAUAUCAGGAUGCCCUCUCUACCACAACCUUUCUGCCGAUGAAUGCAAGGGCAAGGCAUCGACGCGCGACAAACAGGCCGAGGAAAGGACGCUGUCGCACCGUCAGGACGAGAACAGACACUCCACGAGAAACCAGGCCCCUACAGAGCGUCAGCUGCGCUACAAAGAGAAGGUGACAGAGCUGAGGAGGAAGAGGAACACUGGCCUCAAUAAGGAGCAGAAGGAAAAGUACAUGGAGCACCGUCAGAGCCAUGGAACGAGCCGCGAGCCUCUGCUGGAGAACAUCACCAGUGACUAUGACCUCGAGCUGUUCAGGAAAGCGCAGGCACGUGCCUCGGACGACCUUGAGAAGCUCCGUCUGGCUGGCCAGGUGUCGGAGGGCAGCAACAUGAUAAAGACCAUUGUGUUUGGACGUUACGAGCUGGACACCUGGUACCACUCUCCAUACCCAGAGGAGUACGCCCGCCUGGGGAGGCUUUACAUGUGCGAGUUCUGCCUCAAGUACAUGAAGAGUCAGACCAUUCUACGCAGGCACAUGGCCAAGUGUGUGUGGAAACACCCUCCAGGUGACGAGAUUUACAGGAAGGGGAACAUCUCUGUCUUUGAGGUGGAUGGAAAGAAGAAUAAGAUUUACUGUCAGAAUCUGUGUCUGCUGGCGAAACUCUUCCUGGACCACAAGACUCUGUAUUAUGAUGUGGAACCGUUCCUUUUCUAUGUCAUGACUGAAGCUGACAACACAGGGUGCCACCUUGUCGGAUACUUCUCCAAGGAGAAAAACUCCUUCCUGAACUACAACGUAUCCUGCAUCCUCACCAUGCCGCAGUACAUGAGGCAGGGUUACGGCAAGAUGCUCAUAGACUUCAGUUACCUGUUGUCCAAAGUAGAAGAGAAGGUGGGCUCACCUGAGCGGCCCCUGUCGGACCUGGGACUAAUCAGCUACCGAAGUUACUGGAAGGAGGUGCUGCUGCGCUACCUGAACAACUUUCAGGGCAAGGAGAUUUCCAUCAAAGAGAUCAGCCAGGAAACGGCAGUGAACCCGGUGGAUAUAGUCAGCACACUGCAGUCCCUCCAGAUGCUUAAAUAUUGGAAGGGGAAGCACCUGGUUUUAAAGAGACAGGACCUUAUUGAUGACUGGAAGGCCAAGGAGACCAAACGUGGUAACAGCAAGACCAUUGACCCCACAGCCUUAAAAUGGACCCCACCCAAAGGGACGUAGAGGAGCUACCAAUACACACACUCCAAAAACACACAGUCACGCACAGAUCCUCCUCUGUACACGGGCAUGCUCACAGACGCUGAGUCUAAACCCUCACUCACUAUUGUACGAAAUGCUUUCAGCAGCUACAGCGCAGUCACAGACAUGGACAGUUGCUACUCUGGGUUCAAGUAACCACAACGUUAGUCCACAGGUAGGAUUCCUGUUAAAAGAAUUGUUUGGAGAUUUCCCUAAAAUUUGAAUUAGAAAAAUAAGGAAAAUCCAUAUGAGUCUGGGAAUGACUUCUCAGACACUUAACUGUGUGUUAGUAAAAACCCUGAGUUGCCAGGUGUUUAAUAGCAAGCGAUCAGGAACGACGUCCUUUUGAAAGGAAAGCUACAUAAAUAAAAUAUGUAAAGGAAGAGGGCUAAUGAAAAGCAAUGUUUAAUUUCUGUGAGCGGGAAAACUACAUUUAGAUGUAUCUCGAGCAAUAAGCAGUGAAAUAAAGACAGAUUACAGAACAGGUCCUAACAUACAACAUCCAAUACAGUACUUAACACAUUUAUAAAAAGGAAAUAUAAAUUUGCUUUAUUUGUGGCGGGAUGCU